AUGGGUCCAUAUAUUAAUCAGAAAAAUCAACCAAUGUCCUUGUUGAUAAGAAAAUUAAAAUAUGAUACAUCCCCAUCCAUGGUUAGAGAAAAAUUUAAAAAAUUUGGAGCUAUAAAAGAUGUGUAUUUGCCUAUAGAUUAUUACACUAAAGAACCAAGAGGAUUUGGAUUUGUUGAAUUUUAUGAUGCAAAGGAUGCUGAACAAGCUUUAAAAGAAAUGAACGGUUCAGAAAUUGAUGGAAAUAGAAUUGAAGUUUUUGUUGCUCAGAAAGGUAGAUCAGAUCCAAAGCUUAUGAAAUACAAGGAAAAAGGAGCAUAUGCAUAUAGAAAAAAUCCAGAUAAUAAGAUAAGAAGGAGAUAUAUAUCUAAGUCAAAUUCACGAUACAGAUCUUAUUCUAGAGAUAAGAUAAGAAGAAGAGAUAGAUCAAGAGAAAAAUUUAGAUAUAGAAACAGUUAUGAUAAAAGAAUGGGAAAUUAUAGAGAUAAAAAAAAUUAUUAUAUGAAAAAUUACAAUAAAUACCGUAACAGAGACUAUGAGAGAAGUUUUAGUAGAAGCAGGAGAUCAAGGGAUUACAAAAAUGAUUAUCCAAGAUAUAGAGACAGAAAAAGGUAUGACAGAUACUACAGGAGUAAUAGCAGAAGAAGACUUAGUAGACAAGAUAAAUAUGAUUACAGAAAUAAACAUGAUAAAAAGGAAGAUAAUUAUAAAUCAAAAUGUAAUAGUAAUGAUGAAUUUAGUGAUGAAACUAGAAAUUCUAGUAAACAUUCAAAGAAUCAUAAUAUUUCUAAAUCUAUAUCUUUUAAUACAGAAAAAGAUGAUGCUAGAAAAAAAAAUGAAAAUAUAAAUGAAAAAGAUAAUUCUAAUGCAUGGAAAGAAAGUGAAAACAGAAAUACAACUAAUAAUAAAAGGGAUUUUAUGAAUAGUAAUGAAGAAUUUAAUUAA